AAAGACAAUCCCUCAUGAUUCAGAAGCCACCGGUGGAUCACCCACCCCCAUCUCUCCGCCUCAUGCCUUUCUUCAACUUCCUGAUUUAUAUAUAUAUCUUACAGCCCCUGCAGGUCUGAAUUCAUUGUCACAGAGCUUAGUUCAAAUUAGUUAAGAGAAGAAAUCAAUGGAAAUGAAGCCUUGGACAGGAACCUUGACGGCAAUGCUACUCGUACUGGCUUCCGCCAUGGCGUUUCAAGCCCGUGCUCAAGACACUUCCUGCAUGAAUAGGUUAAUUCCAUGCCUAAAUUACCUGAACGGUACUCGAGAUCCGCCGCCGAGCUGCUGCAAUCCUCUGAAAUCGGUGAUCGAUUCCAAUCCCGAUUGCCUCUGCGCUUUAAUUAGCAGAGACGGAAGCGAUCGAGCAGAGCAAGCCGGCAUCGAUGUCAGCCAGGCUCAACUCUUGCCCGGCCGAUGCGGCGAACAUGUUAAUCCGCUCUCUUGCCUCGCCGCCGCCAAUAACGCCCGCUCGCUCUCCAUCUCUUCCGCUCUGCAACUGAUUUCGCUUACGAGUACCGCGUCGCUUCUCAUGUCUGGAGUUCUUCACUUUUACGGUUUUUGUAUCCAUUAAUGCCGCUCUCUCCAUUUUAGAGGCUUAUAUAAUGUG